AUGGCUACGCCGUCGACUUCUAGCUCUGAACCUGAACGCCGCCAAAAGGCGCUCAGUGACUACCGUAAAAAGUUACAAGAGCAUAGAGAAAUAGAACAAAAGGUGAAAGAGUUUCGUUUGGGCCUUCGUGAUUUGGAAAAACAAUAUGACAAGACCGAAGAAGAUAUUAAAGCCUUACAAAGUGUCGGUCAAAUUAUCGGGGAAGUGCUAAAACAAUUAGAUGAAGAACGAUUCAUCGUAAAAGCUUCUUCCGGACCACGUUAUGUUGUCGGUUGCCGUAAUAAAGUUAACAAGGAGAAACUCAAGCAAGGCACGCGUGUAGCUCUAGAUAUGACGACAUUAACGAUCAUGCGCAUGCUGCCAAGGGAAGUAGAUCCAUUAGUAUACAAUAUGAGUCUAGAAGACCCAGGAAAAAUAAAUUUUGCGGGUAUUGGCGGACUUGGUGAACAAAUUCGAGAACUCCGAGAGGUUAUUGAAUUACCAUUGAUGAACCCAGAACUCUUCCUCCGUGUUGGUAUAAAACCUCCGAAAGGUGUUCUGUUAUAUGGACCGCCUGGCACCGGGAAAACAUUGCUUGCACGCGCUGUCGCGAGCACAUUAGAAACUAAUUUUCUGAAAGUGGUGUCUAGUGCUAUCGUUGAUAAAUACAUUGGCGAAAGCGCAAGAUUAAUUCGCGAAAUGUUUGGCUAUGCGAAAGACCAUGAACCUUGUAUAAUCUUUAUGGAUGAAAUUGAUGCUAUUGGUGGAAGACGAUUUUCAGAGGGUACAAGUGCUGAUCGUGAAAUACAAAGAACCCUGAUGGAGCUUUUAAAUCAAAUGGACGGAUUUGAUUAUCUCGGCCAGACAAAAUUAAUUAUGGCUACAAAUCGACCGGAUACUUUGGACCCGGCUUUAUUACGACCAGGAAGGUUGGAUCGUAAAAUUGAGAUUCCACUUCCAAAUGAACAAGGACGUCUGGAAAUUCUUAAAAUCCACGCAGCGCCUAUAACGAAACAUGGGGAUAUUGAUUACGAAGCAAUUGUUAGACUUUCAGAUGGUUUCAAUGGUGCUGACUUACGAAACGUGUGCACUGAAGCUGGCAUGUUUGCUCUUCGCAAUGAAAGGGAUUAUGUUGUGCAAGAGGACUUUAUGAAAGCUGCACGUAAAGUAGCCGAUGCCAAAAAAUUAGAAUCGAAACUUGAUUAUGAGAAAUUAUAA